ACAUCGCCAGCAUUAUCCUCCUGGUCGAACGAAGCGACGCCACCCGAAGAGCCCAUAGCUGGAACUGCUGGUACUCCCGCGCCAUUUUGAUAGCAAACGCGCCCGCUGCUUUCCUUCUCGCCCACGGCCUCUACCGACUCCUACGCGCAUGAUGUCGCAUGUCGUAGUAUUCAACUCGUAUGCGAGGACUUUCAAGAUCCCGACUACGCCCACCAAGUACUUGACAGAGGUACGGGAUGAGGCAUGCCAAAAGUUUGGUGUCAACAAGGACCAGUUCACGCUCAAAUACAACAACAAACCCAUAUCCCUAUCGCAACAAAUACGGCUCGCAAACCUCCCCCAAGGCGCCCGACUAGAACUCGUCCAAGCCUCGCGAUCACCCACCGUCAUAUCCGUAGCGCUCCAGCUCCCCGCGACCGAGAAGAACGUACGCCUCACAAGCAAGUUCGCGAGCAACACUUCGUUAUGGGAGAUCUUGCGACACUUUGAAAGUGGGCAGGGGACCAACUACAACUUCACACAGCGCGGCAUCCCCGAGAUGAGCGGCGCAUCCGGUGCUGGCAGGCUACACUACGAGCAACCUGUUAUCACUGUCAUGCCAGGUCACAAGGAGCAGGCCAACUUUGUUGAGCUACAACAGACUCUCAGUCAGCUGGGUUUUGAUAGCGGCUCAGCAUUGUUAAAGCUGUCCUACAGGAAUAGCGGAACGCCGCUGGAAGAGGCCAUGGCACAGAUAACGCAAUACUUCAAGUCCAGCGAGCCUGCGUCUGCCGGUGCCGAAGGCGCACAUGCUUUGACAUCUGAUCAAUUAGCCUCAAUACCAGAUCCUGCCCAGGCAGCUCCGGAGGCGACAGAAGUCGUAGCAGGCGAAACUGUUCGCGACGAAGAGCCCGAUCCAGAACCGAUGGAGGUCGAUUCCAAACCGGCCGCUAAACCUACACAAGAGCCCGAGGUGUCUACCGAGAACAACGCGGCUGAGAACGUGGAGAAUACUUCCCCAGCGGCAGCAUUGGCUGCGGCAACGUCAACAGCGUCGUCCGCACCCGUAGAACCCGUUCAAUCACCAGCACCGACCUCCCAAACUUUGUCACAGCCAUCCGAACAAUCUCGCAACGUCCAGAUCUUCUCUGCGCCAACAUCGUCCACCCCACAAGCAGCGCGAAACGCAUUCAAUGAGAACGACUACCUCCCCACUAUUGAACACGCAAAAGCACACCAAAACGCGUUGUUGACCAAGACACGGAAUACGCGUCUGUUGUCUGACAAAGAGUUGGAGGAGCAAGAAAAGGAGCGGCAGGCCAAGAUCGACGCUGCAGCCGAGAAGGGCGGCGCACUUCGCAUUCGAAUGCCGGACGGUGCGCUCAUUCAGAUGAGCUUCAACAAGACCGAUACUGCCGUCGGCCUUUACGACUUCGUACGCGGCUUCCUAGAGAAGAAGAAUGAGCCCUUCCAGCUCAAGAACACGGGUCCAACAGGUCGACUCGUCCUCAUUCCCCAGGACAACAAGCGCUUAGUGCACGAUUUACGCUUCUUCAACAACGAGCUCAUCACGUUUCAAUGGGCAGACAACGCUAGCGCUGAGGCAAGAGCAAGCCGACAUACGCUCUCGCAGGAAUGGCAAGCGAAGGCGCAGGCGCUUAAGGUCGAGGAACCGGUACGGGAAGAGAAGGCUCAGCCGCAGGCUUCUCAGGGCCAGACGGUUGCCGAGGGUAAGCGCAAGGCUAACAUGAGCAACGAGGAGAAGGAGAGCAAGUUAAAGAAUCUGCUCGGGAAGGGCUUGUUCAAGAAGAAGUAGAUGUGUUGCAGAUGGGGAUGGGAUCUUAGACAUUCACGUGUUUCCGGACGAGCAUUUUCAGGGAGUUUGGCAUCGGCGACGGAGCGCUUUCUUCUGCAGUGCAGUGUAUCCUGCCACUUAGAAACUAGUCAUUAGUAGCAGUCAAGGAUCAUGAUCAGGAAGAUCACAAAACUCCGUUUGCAUGAUUCCACUCAGCAUGAAGAGCUGCCAAUUGGUAUCGAGGAGUCUAAUGUCGCAUGUCGGGGUGGGUCGAUGAUGCACUUUCCCAGGUUGUCAACUAGCGGAAGACGCUUACCAGGGCUGAACCUCGAGUGAACAUCUCUCCUUCCUUUCGACACCAUCACAGUAUCAUCAUCAUCUGCACAGUUUGCUCUAGCAAGAACUACAUUAUGAAACGCCCUCGUCGAUUCGAUAGAUUCGUCAUUGACAAUGAUUAUGGCUGACAG